CUGUUUCCCUUCCUCUCUGUUAUCAGAAAGCAUUCAAACGAGAAACAUGUAAGCUCUCUUUCUCUCUCCUCCUCCUCCUCUCUCACUCUUAAUUUUAAUUCAAUUAAUUAAAUUUAGUGGAUUAUUUGAACAAUUUGGAUGCUGGGUUUACUGGGUUUCUGUUAAUUACUAGGUUUAAUUCGAAUUAAAGAAGAAAGUUCAUGUCUUUGUUGUAAUGGGGUUUGGCCUUUUUGCAAAAACUAGUUAAUUCUCUGAGGUUUUGGUCAUGGCUUCUGGUCUGGUAAUGGAGCCCGUGCCGAUAACGUCACAAAAACACGACCCGGCAUGGAAACACUGUCAAAUGUUUAAGAUUGGGGAGAGGGUUCAGCUGAAGUGCAUAUAUUGUAACAAAUUGUUUAAGGGUGGUGGGAUUCAUAGGAUUAAGGAACACCUUGCCGGUCAGAAAGGUAAUGCGUCAACUUGUCUGAGAGUUCCGCCUGAUGUUCGGGCUCAAAUGCAGCAGAGUUUAGAUGGGGUUGUGCUGAAGAAGAGGAAUAGGCAGAAGCUUGAUGAGGAGAUUACUAACAUUAAUCCCUCACCUCAUGGUGAGGCAGAACCGAUUGCUGUUCAGAGUGAUGUAAGUAAUGGGGGUCAGUUGAUUGGAGUUCCCGAGGCACUUGAGCACAAUUCGGGGUUGUUGGAGAAUCAAGAAGGAAUGACAAGUGGGAUGAGUUUGGGGAGAAGGAAAAGGGGGAGAGGCAAAAGUUCUUAUGCAGGAGAUAGUGCUCUUGUUGUUAGUAAUAGUGCUGCUUUAGGUUCUCCAAAGGUGAACAAUUUUGUUCACGAGGCAAUUGGAAGGUUUUUGUAUGAUAUUGGGGCGCCUCCACAUGCAGUGAACUCUGCGUAUUUCCAACCGAUGAUUGAUGCAAUUGCUUCGGGUGGUUCAGGGGUUGUGCCUCCUACAUACCAUGAUAUUCGUAGUUGGAUAUUGAAGAAUUCGGUUGAAGAAGUGAGGAACAGUAUUGAUAAACAUAGGGAAACGUGGGGAAGAACGGGUUGUUCAGUCUUGGUCGAUCAGUGGAACACAGAGUCAGGUAAGGUUUUGCUAAGUUUUUUGGUGUACUGUCCUGAAGGAACAGUUUUUUGGGAAUCUGUUGAUGCAUCAGACAUUAUAAAUUCCCCGGAUGCGCUUUACGAAUUGCUUAGGAGAGUGGUAGAGGAAGUUGGAGUAAAAGAUGUGCUGCAAGUGAUUACUUGUAGUGAAGAGCAAUAUAUGGCUGCGGGGAGAAGGUUGACUGAUACUUUCCCUACACUAUAUUGGACUCCAUGUGCAGCUCGGAGCUUAGAUUUAAUACUCGAAGAUUUUGGUAAUAUUGAGUGGAUAAAUACGGUCAUUGAACAAGCAAGAUCCAUUACAAAGUUUGUGUACAAUUAUAGUGCAGUGUUGAAUAUGGUCAGAAGGUCUACUUUUGGCAAUGAUAUAGUAGAACCAGGCGCCACUCGUUCUGCUACAAACUUUACAACAUUAAAACGACUGGUUGAUCUAAAACACUGCUUACAGGUUAUGGCUACUUCCCAGGAGUUGAUGGACUCCCUAUAUUCAAAGGAACCGGGGGGACUGGAGAUGUUGGACAUUAUUAGUAAUCAGUCAUUUUGGUCCUCAUGCAUGUUGAUUGUUCGUCUGACAGAUCCUCUCUUGCGAGUUUUGAGAAUGGUUGGUAGUGAGAAGAGGCCUGCAAUGGGAUACGUGUAUGCUGGAAUGUAUCGGGCAAAAGAAACAAUUAAGAAAGAACUCGUUAAGAGGGAGGAGUACAUGGUAUACUGGAAUAUCAUAGAUCAACGAUGGGAACAGCUGUGGCAUUCUCCUAUUCAUGCUGCAGGCUUCUACCUUAACCCCAAAAUAUUUUACAGUAUCGAAGGAGAUAUGCAUAGUUAUAUUGUCUCGGGUACAUUUGAUUGCAUCGAGAGAUUGGUUCCUGAUACAAAUGUCCAAGAUAAAAUCAUCAAAGAGCUAAAUUUGUACAAGAGUGCUGCUGGAGAUUUUCGGAGGAAGAUGGCAAUUAGGGCUAGAGACACUCUGCUUCCUGCUGAAUGGUGGUCAACAUAUGGAGGAGGUUGCCCAAAUUUGACACGCUUGGCAAUCCGAAUUCUCAGUCAAACUUGCAGUUCGAUUGGCUGCAGGCGAAAUGAAAUUCCUUUUGGGAAAGCACACAACACAAGGAACUGCCUUGAGCGUCAACGUGUCAGUGACCUCAUCUUUGUUCAUUAUAACUUGCGACUGAAACAAAUGGUUGGUAAGAACAUCGGACAAGAUGUUAUGGAUCCCAUAUCAUUUGAAAACAUUAGCAUGACCGAAGACUGGGUUACCGGGAAGGACAUGUGCUUAGAUGACAAUGGGAGUUCCGACUGGAUGGAACUCGAUUCAAACUCUGUAAGCACAAUGCUUCUAGGGCCGUCAAAUGAUGAAGCCGAUGACUUGGGCUCUGGAUUUGACGAUUAUGAGAUCUUUAGUAGAGCGAAAGACGGUGAAGAGGAAAAUGUUGAAGACAACGUAGAAAAUCGUUAGAGCCUUAUCCACGAGUCAGUUAUCGAUAUCAAGGACCUGUGGCUACGAAUCAUCGCCUUGUUCUUUGCAACCGAGCAGAGGAAGAUGUAGUGAAGUAGAUGUCCACAAAGGUAGUUUUCAAUUUGGAGAGCAGUGCAUUGUAGGUGAUAAUUAGAAGCAGAUAGUUUGUAGCAAUUAAAAUGUUGUGAGAAAGAUGUAAUUUUCCAUUUUAGUCCUCAUCCAGUGACUUGUUAAUCACAGAUGAAAUGUAAAAGUAUGAGGAAAUAGAGAGAUGAAAUUGUUUACUCUAAUCUUGGGUAAAUUUAAAAAUUAGAGUAAAAUAUACUUGGUUUCUGAA